AUGGGCUCGCCGGGCGUGAGCGAUUUGUCCUCCUUCGCCGCUGAAGGUGUGUCAUAAUCUGUGACCGCUGCCGACACGGCGAGGACGUCUUCGUUUUAAGGUGUGUGUGUAAACGGCGUGUUCAAUCUGCCGCUGUCCCAUAAUCCCUUUCACCAGAGGAAUGUAAUCUGCCCAUUAUCCGCCUCCACCGUAUCAUCUGUGUUUCCCAGUCCGUCCACGCCAUCGUCGGAACGCCGCCACCGCCACCGAGCUGGUCGUCUCCCUUUAUGUAAACACCGUGAAAUUCGUGCGCUCUCCUCCAUGAUUACCUCGCCACCCGCCUGUUUGUCUACAACGCCGCCCCCCCCCACUGUUAGGCGGGUCACAGCUCGCCGUCUCCAUCCGUCUAAUCAGCCGCUGACACCUGCACGACUGUUUCCUGUCGGCGUGGAGGAUGAGAACGCCGCCGCCAUCGGAUUUAUCACGCCGUCUCCUCGCAUGAACAGUGUUGGCUGGUUUCAGCGUGGUCGUCGACACGCCGAGGGUCAAAGGUCAGGAGGUCAAGUGGAGGUGUGUGGAUGUGAGGUCAAGGAGAGGAGGAGAGGGAGCAAGGAAAGGAGGAGAGGAAAAAAGAGAGGAGGAGAGGGAGCAAGGAAAGGAGGAGGAGGAGAGGAAGCGAGGAAAGGAGCAAGGAGAGGAGGAGAGGGAGCGAGUAAAGAAGCAAGGAGAGGAGGAGAGGGAGCAAGGAAAGAAGCAAGGAGAGGAGGAGAGGAAAAAAGGAGAGGAAACAAGGAAAGGAGGAGGAGGAGAGGAAGCGAGGAAAGGAGCAAGGAGAGGAGGAGGAGAGGGAGUGAGAAAAGAAGGAAAGGGAGCAAGGAGAGGAGGAGAGGGAGUGAAUAAAGAAGCAAGGAGAGAAAGAGAGGAAAAAGAAGCGGAAACAAGGAGAGAAGGAGAGGGAGCAAGGAAAGGAGGAUGAAAAAAAGGAGAGGAAACAAGCAGAGAAGGGGAGGAAAAAAGGAGAGGAAAUUAGCACAGGAGGAGAGGAAAAAAGGAGAGGAAACAAGGAGAGAAGCACAGGGAGCAGGAAGAGGAAACAAGGAGAGGAGGAGAGGGAGCAAGGAAAGGAGCAAGGAGAGGAAACAAGGAGAGGAAAAUAGGAGAGGAGGAGAGGAAACAAGAAGAGGGGAAGAGAAGAAAGGAAGAGGAGAAGAAGAAAAAAGGAGAGGAAACAAGGAGAGGAGUACAGGGAGCAAGUGGAGGAAACAAGGAAAGGAAACAGGGAGAGGAGGAGAGGGAGCAAAUAGAGGACACGAGAAGAGAAAACAAGGAGAGGGAGCAAGGAGAGAAAGAGAGACAACUAGGAGAGAAGGAAAGGGAGCAAAAAAGAAGGAGAGGAAUCCAGGAGAGGAAACAAGGAGAGAAGAAAAGGAAACUAGAAGAGAAAACAAGAAGAGGAGGACAGGAAACAAGGAGAGGAGAGGGAGCAAGGAGAGGAGGAGAGGGAGCGAGGAAAGGAGCAAGGAGAGGAAACAAGGAGAGCAAACAAGGAGAGGAUGAGAGGAAACAAGCAGAGGAGGAGAGGGAGCAAGGAGAGGAAAUAAGGAGAGGAGGAGAGGAAACAAGUAGAGGUAACAAGUAGAGGAGUGUUAACAGCUGAAAUUGCUGAUUCAGCGCAUUGACCCCCCUCCACACACAGAUGUAGCUCCUUCUCCGUCUCGUUAAUCCAAUUUCUCCUCCUUCUCUCACGGAGGAGAACUUAUUGAGGAGCAUCAUUAGAUUUUUACCGCCAUGUUACAUCAGAGCGCCACCGCCGCCACCGCCGCCACCGCCGCCGCUAAAGAAAUCAGCCUCUUGAAAAUAAACCUCCAAAUUGAGUUUGAGUCCGGCGGCGGCGGCAGCAGAGGCGUGUUUUUUCAAGGUGUGUGUGACUCAGGUGACUAAAGGUGGAACACACACACACACACACACACACACACUAAAACACACACACACACACACACACACACACACACACUCCCCUCAGAGAGCUCUCUACAUAUGCUCAUAUACAAGAGUUUGUGUGUGUGUGUGUGUGUGUGUGUGUGUGUGUUUUAGUGUGUGUGUGCGUCUCCCCUGAUGGAUCAGGCUCCUCCUCCUCCUCGUCUCCUCCUCCUUGUCUCCUCCUCUCUAAUAAGGAGGAGCAGAGGGAGACUCUGCUGUCUAAUUACUGCAGCCGAGGGUCCUGGAUUCAUUUCCACGCUAAAAUAGCCCCGAUAACGCCGCCGCCGCCGCCUUCGCCGUAGCUGCUGUUUUCUCCAGUGUGUGUGUGUGUGUGUGUGUGUGUGUGUGUUACAGUAAGAGUGUGUGUGUGUCCGCUGAUUGAAUUAGAGAGCGUCCCCCGGUGACUAAGAGGCGGUAAUUAGUCUGUAAUUUCAGAUUACAUUAUUAAACGUCUGACUUUAUUAGAAUGUAACUUCACCUCGGCCGUUUACGAAACAGCCUUAUCGGAAAAAUACGACAUGAUUAAGGGAGGGAGGAAAUUAACGCAAUUGUCCUUUUGUGAGGGGGAGAGAGAGAGAGCCGGCGCCGGAACACACACACACACUAUAACACACAAUAACACACACACACACACUACAACACACACUAUAACACACCGCACUAUAACACACCGCACUAACACACACACACACACUGAAACACACACUAACACACACACUAUAACACACAAUAACACACACACUAUAACACACCGCACUAACACACACACACACACACUAAAACACACACUAACACACACACACACACUAAAACACACACUAACACACACACACACACACUAAAACACACACUAACACACACACUAUAACACACCGCACUAUAUCACACACACACUUUAACACACACACACACACUAACACACACACACUGAAACACACACACACACAUACACACAGAGGGAGGGUCUGAAACACCUGAGCAGGUAAGUUCUGACGGUUCUGACCCGGUUUACAGGUUCUUCUUUACUGAGAGGAGAGGAGAGGAGAGGAGGAAACAAGGAGAAGAGAGAGGGAGCAAGGAGAGGAGGGAAGAGAAGAGGAGGGAGAGGAGAAGAGAGAGUAAGGACAGGAGGAGAGGAGAAAAGGAGAGGGGGAGAGGAGGAAAAGAGGAGAGGAGUAGAGGGAGCAAGGAGAGGAAAAGAGGACAAAAGGAGAGGAGGAGAGGAGAGGAGGAAACAAUGAGAAGAGGAGAGGAAACAAGGAAAGGAAACAAGGAGAGGAGGAGAGGAUACAAGGAGAGGAGGAAAGGGAGUAAGGAGAGAAGGAGAUGGAGCAAGGAAAGGCAAAAAGGAGAGGAAGCAAGGAGAAGGAGAGGAGAAGAGAAGGAGAUGGAGCAAGGAAAGGCAAGAAAGAGAGGAAACAAGGAGAGGAGAAGAGGAAACAAGGAAAGUAAACAAGUAGAGGAGGAGAGGUAGUGAGGAGACUCAGGUUUGGGAGAACCUGGACUGGGUCCUCCUCCAGUCCUGCUGGUUCUGGUCCAGUCUGGGUGAAUCGGGCCCCUGUGGCCCCCUGUGGCCCCCUGUGGCCCCCUGAACCCUCCUGUUUGAGGGCCCUUAGCUCUGUAAACAUUACCUCAUCAGCCCCCCCCUCGGCCCCGGGGCCUGUGGGAACUGAAGCCCACUCCUCAGGCUGGAACAAAGGCCGGCCCUCCCUUGCCCCCUCGCCCCCCGGCCCCUGCCACCGCUGCCCCGGCCCACCUCCACACAAAGGGGGCCACGGGGCCUUAAUUCCCAGGCAACGAUAUCAAUGGUGGCCCCCCAGAUCUGGAGGACGAGGCAGGAACGAAUGGGACUGAAGACCCAAAGGGAGGGGGGCUGGAAAAAUGGCAAAGAAGUCAUGAAAGAGCUGCCCCCCCCCCCACACCUCCACCCUCACCCCCCCACCCAAGAGCCCCUUUUGUUGGUGAGAGUGAGGGGACAGGAGGGAGGGGGCCCGAGGGGACCAGGGUGAGAGGAGACAAAGGACAGGUCGGAGAGAGAGUGGCGGGGGUCAAAACUGGCAGAAACAGCCCCCACACACAUCCAACCAGACCCCCAACAGGACCCCCAACAGGACCCCCAACAGGACCCCCAACAGGACCCCCAACAGGACCCCCAACCGGAGGCAGACGUCCCUUUGGUUGGACUGAGGGUUCAGUCUCUGCAGUGACCUCAACGUUACGACAGACAAACAUCUAA